UGAAACGCGACGGUUUUGUUUCUUCGCAGCGCGGGUGCUACCAAAAAAUAUUUGAGAAAUAAUAAAAGUGCCGACCGCUCGCGAGUUUUGUUUUUGGCCAAAAGCGAUUGCUAUAACGCUUAUUUGAUUAACUUGAAAAAAAUCAGAAAAAUGCCCAACAAGCUGUAAGGAAAUCCUACAAAUUGUGUUGUGUCAGCCAAGUGGAAAAUUCAAACGAGGCCCAAGAAGACAACGUCGCUGAGGGAGAACUGUUAGCAGGAGGCCAAGCCCAAAAAAGCGAGGACAAUAGUGGAGGAGCGUGGAUCCAUGCAAAUUCUGGUGAAAUCUCUUCGCUGGAGCUAAAGUUGCAGCUCGAAGAUCCAACUGGCAGAUAGAUUUGCUCUCGGAGAGCACAUUUCCGCACUUGGUGGGACAGUGGGACGAGAUUGUUUGUAUACUCGAAUAAUACCGCAUCCAACCAGCCGAGAUGCACACGAUGAUGCCCGGCCACUUGCACGCCAUAGAUCUUUGAGGCCAGGCCUGCGAUAUUUGGAGUGCACUGCUGCUGGUGCCGCAAUCGGCGGAUAAAUUGUAAUAAAUAGCCAGACAACCGAAUACUUGGCACAAAAAUAAAUACGAAUAAUAAGAAUCGAAAACGAGGCACGCGGAACGAACAGCGCUCCGCACGCAUUGCAACAGAGAUUGUUGGCUUCGUAUCCAUUCGAGGUGUGGAGUGCAUUGGCCAGUCCGUUGGGGUCGUAAUCCCCAUACCACCACAUCACCAUCACUAUUGCCACUUUCUGGACUUCUUCUGACUCCACAGAGACGUAGGUCGCGGCCAGAAAGUGUUCCAGGGCAGAGGCAAUCGCAACCGGAGCGAGGUGUACACUUUUGGCACCAUGGAGGGCGGUUACGUCAACGAAGGCGGUCAGCUGAAGACCAAGAAUGGCCAAAAGUAUGUUUUCAAUGGCCCUCCAUCGGGGGUUUAUGUUUCCAAAGCCUGCCUGAUCAUCGCUGCCUUCAUCACCGUGCUGGCCCUACUCUUCACCAUUGCCAUUACCUAUUUUGUGACCAGGCAGGGAUUGCAUCCCAAGGAAGUGACUCCCAGUUGCAUCACCGCCGAUCACCACGAUGCGAAUGGUACGCCCAUCCAAACCGCCGGCUGGGUGAGCAUUAAUUCCCCGCCGCCCUUGGAUGCGGCCACGCCCACUCCAAUGCCAACUCCCACACCUACGACCACACCCACCAUAACCACAACCUUGGCCAGCAUGGCCGCGUCGAGUGCGAAGCCCGAAACAAGGAUGGUGGAUCCGAAAGUGGGUGACAUUCCGGCGGUGGAGCCGCCAGCAGAAGUCGAGGAUAACACGACCAAGCCCAUCAAUCGUCCGCUUAAGCUCUACGAAGGAUGGCGACCACUUCACUAUAGCCUUCUGAUUGAGCCAAGUGUGGAAACAUCGACCAGCAAUGGCAGCCUGACCAUCGAGAUCGAGCGGGACGUGGCCAAGGUGACCAGCUGGGAGCCCAUCGUGCUCGACGUGCACAACGUGAGCAUCUCCAAUGUCCGGGUGAUCCGCGCUCUGCCCGAUGGGGCCAGCAAUGCCAGCGAGGAACAGGACUUGGAUUUCGACAGCGACUACGGUGAGGAUAAUGCCACGUUCGUGAUCAAUCUGGGCAAGGCAUUGGCGGCGGAGACCCAGCUGAGAGUGCUGCUCAGUCUGGAUUUCGUCAGCCAGGUGACGGACACACUGCAGGGCGUCUACAAGACCAGCUACACCAAUCCGGACACCAAACAAGAAGAGUGGAUGAUAAGCACUCAGUUCUCGCCCGUGGAUGCCCGACGCGCUUUUCCCUGCUUCGAUCGUCCGGACAUGAAGGCCAACUUCUCGAUCAGCAUAGUCAGACCCGCGCAGUUCAAGAUGGCCCUGUCCAACAUGCCCAGGUCGAGCACCACUCGCCAUCGCCGUGGUUACACCAGGGACGAUUUCCAGACGACGCCAAAGAUGCCCACAUAUCUGGUGGCCUUCAUUGUGUCCAACAUGGUGGACUCGCGGCUGGCCAGUGAGGACAGUGGGAUGACGCCGCGAGUGGAGAUCUGGACGCGACCCCAGUUCGUGGGUAUGACGCACUAUGCGUACAAGAUGGUGCGCAAGUUCCUGCCCUACUACGAGGACUUCUUUGGCAUCAAGAACAAGCUGCCCAAAAUCGAUCUGGUGUCCGUGCCGGACUUUGGAUUCGCUGCCAUGGAGAACUGGGGCCUCAUAACCUUCCGCGACUCGGCGCUCCUGGUGCCCGAGGAUCUGCAGCUGGCCUCCUCCUCGGAGCACAUGCAGGUGGUGGCCGGCAUCAUUGCGCACGAGCUGGCCCACCAGUGGUUCGGCAAUCUGGUGACCCCGAAGUGGUGGGAUGAUCUGUGGCUGAAGGAGGGCUUCGCCUGCUACAUGAGCUACAAGGCACUGGAGCACGCGCACCCGGAGUUCCAGAGCAUGGACACGCUGACCAUGCUGGAGUUCAAGGAGUCGAUGGAGCACGAUGCGGACAACACCUCGCACGCCAUAUCCUUCGAUGUGCGCUCCACCAACGAUGUCAGGCGGAUUUUCGAUCCCAUCAGCUACUCAAAGGGCACCAUUCUGCUGCGCAUGCUCAACUCGAUUGUGGGCGAUGUGGCCUUCCGGUCGGCCACUCGGGAUCUUCUGAAGAAGUUCGCCUAUGGCAACGUGGACAGAGAUGAUCUGUGGGCCAUGCUCACGCAUCAUGGCCACGAAGAGGGCACUCUGCCCAAGGAUCUGAGUGUCAAGCAGAUCAUGGACUCGUGGAUCACCCAGCCCGGCUAUCCGGUUGUCAAUGUGGAGCGUCGUGGUGCCGAUCUCGUGCUGCGCCAGGAGCGCUAUCUGCUGCCCUCCAAGAACACUGCGGAUCUGAGCACCUGGUUCAUACCCAUCACCUUCGAGACGGAUGAGCUGCGCAAGGGCGACAACAUACCCACCCACUGGAUGAGGAGCGAGGACGAGGAGGAGCUCAUCGUGGGCAAUGUCUUCACGCACAACAGCAACAGCGACAACGUGAUCUAUCUGAAUCUCAACCGACAGGGCUACUAUCGGGUCAACUACGAUAUGACCUCCUGGCUGGCGCUCAAGAAGAACUUCAGCACCCUGCCCAGGAUCACAAGGGCUCAGUUGCUGGACGAUGCACUGCAUCUGUCGCAGGCGGAAUACCUUACCUACGACAUACCAUUGACCUUCCUCAUGGAGCUGUUCGAUGCUGUGGAUGAUGAGCUGCUGUGGAUUGCCGCCAAGCCUGGUCUCAACUAUCUGAUCUACAACCUGAAGCGGGAGCCUGCCUACGAGACUUUCAGGGCCUUCAUGAAAUUCAUCGUACGUCCCGCCUUUGAUCACUAUGGCCUGAAUGAGCCGGACAACGAGUCGCACUUGCAACUGAAGCACCGCGCCUUGGUGGCCUACUUCGCCUGCAAGUUCAACUACGAUCGCUGCACCCAGAAGGCGCAGAUGAAGUUCCGCGAGUGGAUGCGCGAUCCCAAAAACAAUCCCAUUAAGCCAAACCUCAAGUCUGUGAUCUACUGCACCUCCUUGGCGGAGGGCUCCUCGCCGGAAUGGUAUUUCGCCUACAAGCAGUACAAGACAACCACCAGCGCUUCUGAGAAGGAGGAGAUACUGACCUCGCUGGGCUGCACCACCAAGCCCUGGCUGCUGUCCAAGUACCUCAACAUGACCAUCAAUCCUACGUCGGGCAUAUUGAAACAGGAUGGCGCCUUGGCCUUCCGCGCAGUGGCCUCCAAUGCCAUUGGUCAUGAGAUCGCCUUCGACUUUCUGCAGGGAAACAUAAAGGAGAUUGCCGAAUACUAUGGCGAUGGCUUCUCCACGCUGUCCGAGAUGAUCAAGUCGCUGACCAUCUACAUGAACAAGGACUACCACAAGCACCAGCUGCUGGACUUGGCCGCCACCUGCCGCAAACUGGGACUACAUGCCGUGGAAUCGGCCAUCGAGUUGGCCCUGGAGCAGGUGAACAACAACAUCUACUGGCGCAGUCACUCGUACCACAGCCUGAAGAACUUCCUUGAGGGAAUUGUCAGCGAGUUCCAGAUCAACAUCUUUUAGGAGAACAUAUGGAAAAUGGGGGGGAAGAACUCAAAUUGAUUUCAACCAAAAACGCGAUUUAGUUAUUGUAACUAUUACCAUUAUUUGUAUUCGUGCAAAGGCCUCAAAUUAAUUUAAUCAAACGAAUUAUUUGCGAAAAGUGAUAUAAACGUGUAAGUUAGCCAGCAUAAUGUAGGUAACCGAUUUACUUUUUGCAAUUGUAUAUUUAUUUAUUUGUAAGUCUCGCUUCUCUUCUGCUUUUUGGCAUUGCUCUGCAACGUUCCUACUAAAAAUAGAAAGCAAUCGGAAAAUACAUAGUUCGAAUAACUCCCAUUCAUCACUGCAGGCAUCAGUUUAAGUCCACAACACAAUAUCUGCCACGAAAUAUCUAAAAAGUAAAACCUGUAUUAUCUAUAUCUAAACUUAUGAUUGUCAAGUACUUUGUGUUCGCACACCUUUAGAUCCUAAGUGAAUCAAUCUAGCACUAAGUGAACCAAAAAUCUAUUUUGUAGUCGAUCCAAUCAAGGUGUUUAAAGGUCCUGGGAGGAAACGGAAGGUGGGGAAACUUCGAGCGCGGGAAGAUAUUGAAACUGAGUGUCCUUAGUACAUGGUUUAAAUUGUUUGCUAAAGCAAUAGUAGUACACACACAUACACACAAAUAUAUUUAUUAAUGUACGAGUACCUAUUAUGUAUUUUGUAAAGCCCAACACAGAAAUACUUGUAUCGCUGCUGCACAACCAUGUAAAUAAGUUUUAAAGCUUACACUAAACACUUAAAUAAACUAUGUAUUUACGUAAUUUUAUUCAAAA